AUUUAAACAUGCACCCUGAAGUUGUUGCCUCCUCCUUGCUUCUACCCUGGGUCUAACGUUACUGGUCAGUGCUGUGAGAAGACGUCCCGAAGCUGAAGACCUGCACCGAAGAAUGUGGAUAAACCUUUCGUGAGACAAACACAAACACUAGUCUCACAUCAGAAGAUGGAAGUGCAGGACCAGGAGUCUUUGGGGAGAUGGGAUGGGCUGGUCAGCCGUGAUGCCACCUCCAGAAAUGAAGCAAUGGAGAACAUCUGUCAGGAGGUCAUGAGGAAAGUGGAGGCCAUCAAGCCCCUACCGCCAACAUCACCGACCCCGUCAGGAAGCCCUCCAACCAGUGACCUGAAUGACACCCUGGCUCACCUUCUCAUGCUCGCUAAACGAUGUCCCUUUGAGGACGUCAGUGAGCGAUGCAUUCGGCUCCUCCAGGCCGUCCAGGACUUGGGAAUAAGGAUCCCAAGACCCCUAGGAAACGGACCAAGCAGAUUUAUUCCCGAAAAAGAGAUUCUCAAAGUCAGUAAAGUGGACGCCCGGACACAGUCAAUAUUUGAGGAUGCAUUUGCAGCCCUCGGUCGCCUCGACAAUAUCUCCCUGGUUAUGGGCUUCCACCCGCAGUACCUGGAGAGUUUCCUCCGGACUCAGCACUACCUGCUGCAGAUGGACGGACCCCUGUCUUUGCACUACCGACACUACAUCGGCAUUAUGGCGGCAGCUAGACAUCAGUGUUCCUACCUGGUCAACCUGCACGUGAAUGACUUCCUUCAAGUCGGAGGGGAUCCCAAGUGGUUGAAGGGUCUCGAUGGAGCGCCGCAGAAGCUGCAGCAGCUCGGGGAGCUCAACAAAAUCUUGGCCCACCGACCCUGGCUUCUCACCAAGGAACACAUGGAGCGUCUUCUGAAGGCGGAGGAACACAGCUGGUCUUUGGCAGAGGUGAUCCACGCUGUUGUCCUCCUCACACACUACCACUCCCUGGCCUCCUUUACCUUCGGCUGUGGCAUCACGCCUGAGAUCCACUGUGACGGUGGACACACUUUCAGACCCCCCUCCCUGAGCCAGUACUGUGUGUGUGACAUUGCUAACGGCAACGGUCAUGCUAAUCACGAUGAUCCGCUUGGAAACCAGGAGAUGUGUGGCGAGGUGGAGGUUCUGAUGGAGCGAAUGAAGCAGCUGCAGGAAUGCCGGGACGAUGAGGAGGCCAGCCAGGAGGAAAUGGCGACCCGCUUCGAGAGGGAGAAGACAGAGAGCAUGCUGGUGGUCACAGCAGGAGACGAGGAUUGUAACCCCUCCAGAGACAUCUCCCGGCACUUUGAGGACCCCAGCUACGGCUACAAGGACUUCUCCAGGAGGGGGGAGCACGUGCCCACGUUCAGAGUGCAGGACUACAGCUGGGAGGAUCACGGCUUCUCCCUGGUCAACAGACUGUACCCUGAUGUGGGUCAGAUGCUGGAUGAGAAGUUCCAGAUGGCCUACAAUCUGACCUACAACACCAUGGCAACGCACAAGGAUGUGGACACCAGUAUGCUGCGCAGGGCCAUCUGGAACUACAUCCACUGCAUGUUCGGCAUCAGGUAUGACGACUAUGAUUACGGGGAGAUCAACCAGCUUCUGGAUCGCAGCUUUAAAAUCUACAUCAAGACCAUGGUGUGUUGUCCUGAGAAGACCACCAGACGAAUGUAUGAGAGCUUCUGGAGGCAGUUUCAGCACUCCGAGAAGGUUCACGUUAAUCUGCUUCUUAUGGAAGCGCGAAUGCAAGCAGAACUGUUAUACGCUCUGAGAGCGAUCACCCGCUACAUGACAUGAAGUGCUUUUUGGCGUUUUUAUCGUUUGUCUUUUUACUGUCGUUGUUGUUCUUUAUGGGACACUUAAAAAAACACAAGAAAAUCAAGUGGGAGGGGGGAGGGGGGAGGGGGAAGGGGGGGUGAGAAGCCCUGGGUUGUGACAGAGCUCGUUGGAUGGAUGUUGAGAAGAGGAUCAGAACAAAUAAACAAGUGGAGGAAAAAAAAAAAACGAACUGUGGAAGAAAGUCAUCUCAAACUAAAGAGGAUACACAAACUUGGUUAGUGUUGCCCGCAGUGCCAAAACUGACCAAGAGAGGGCAGCCUGGAAGCAAACUCCUGCUCUGCUGAGGGAGUCUGAGCACUGACAGGAGGAUGCAUCCAGGACGACGUUUCAGUAUUCCAGCAUCUCCUCCGCCUCCUGGCAGAGUGAAACCCCCCAGAAUGCCGUGCAGCGACGAACAGCCUGCACUUUGAUUCUGUCAUCACUGUUUUCUGUUUUAGUUUCUGUAGAGUCUUUUUAUUUCAUUUUGUAUUAAGGGAAGUGUUGUCGAUGUGGUAACUGGACAUGGAAGAGUUAACUUUUGUCAAAAGUUUUUUUCCUUUUUAAAUUUUUUUUUUUACGUGUGCCUGAACUAUCCAGCACAGUGUGCAUACGUGCUGAUGCUGCUGCUCCCCCUGUUGUAUUCAGCGGGGGUCAUGUUGAUCCCUGAAAUCACCCUCACACCCCAUUUUAACCUUGUUUUAACCCCUAUCCAUCAGAAAUCCACUGCAUUACCCCCUCCUCCAUCUUUCCCCUUCAGCCCCCCCCCCCCCAUCCCAAAACUCAAAUGUCAAUGUAAGCUAAUCUGAGGAGAGGAGAGAAACUCAAAGAACACUGUCUGAGCCCCUUUUUGAGUCUGACUGCUCGUGUGGAUGACGUGUGACUGACGUGUGGAUGAAAACAAAAAGUAAAUGUCUUUGAAUUUCAUGUGUCAAAAAAAAAAAAAGCGAGGCACUUUGAAGGAAUGACUUCUUGCUUCUGCUGUAGCUCUGUUAUUGUGAGAUAACUGUUAAUCAUUUGUUGUUGUAUAUGUUGAUGAUGAUGAUGAUGUCUUUUAUUUUCUGGUAAUGUUUAUGGGGAGGGGCAGGGUAAUCAAACGGAGCGUUAGAAACCAGGUUUUCCAGGAGGGAUUUGCUUCCGGUUGCCCGAACCACACCGUAUCUGUCUUCCGCUUAUCCCAGCUGCCUGGUCACCCUAACACUUUCGAAGCUUUGGAUUGUGAAUUUACCAGUAAAUGAAUACCUCUUCUGUUUUUCUCUAGAAAACAUUUAAGAAGUGCUCUUUGGUGAGCAGAGACUCUUUCCGGGCUGCCGCGUUCCCAUUGCUCGGGGACCCGGUGGGCUCACACAGGCCCGACUGCGGUCGUAGCUGUGCUUAUUUCCCUGCUGGGGAAGUCUAACCAGUGCAAAAGCAGCUUUUGUUUGUUUUUUAAUUUUAUUUUGAAGGGGUGUGAAACCUCUGCUGUUGUUUUUAUGUUUACUAAAACCAGUUAAGUACUGCAUUCUUCUGAGGGUUGGUUGAGAGAAUCAGACAGAUGAAUGAGUGAGGAGGAGGAGGAGGAUAAAGGAAUGGUACAUUUGGAAGUGGUUUGAGAGGAAGUGGAGGUUUUUUUUUCAAACUUCUGACUGAUGUCAGUUACUGACACUUUUUUAUAUAAAAAAAAAAAAAAGAUGAAAAAAAUAAACUAUGAUAUUAAAUUGUUGUGUAUCAUUCGUAGUUUUCUCCUCAACGUCUUGAUUUCAUGGCAUCAUCAAAGAGAUUGUAUUUAGAUGUGAAGAGGCCGACAUGAUUCAGGAACCAGAGCAGUCAGCACAAUCAGUCCCCAUCAGCUCAUUUACACAGUAACUCAUAAUUAUCAAGCAUAGUUGAACGCUGUUAUGCAAAGAGAUGACUCAUGAGAAGUUAUUCCAUCACCUUAUGUUCCAAAGUACACUCAGCUGUUUGAUCAUAAAGCUGACCUCAUCACCCGAGCUCAGGGGAAGAGUUCAGUCAGUCCAGGGCCUUUCAUGUGUUAUUUUACCGCACAGCUUGAUCCACGGAUGACUCACAGGGAAGCAGACACCUGUCCCUGUUCCCUUUCCAGGUCCAGGACAAAGUCUUUGCUCCUGUUGACCAACAUUCAAAUCCAGAUAAGGGGGAAUUCCUUGUAGGACACUUUACCUCACUCCCCUGUUUGCCUCUGUGCCACUUUCCCCCCCCGGUGAGGUUAUCAGGCCGAUAAUUCAGGGUGUUUUCCCAUCAAGGCUGCAGAGGCAUGUCUGUCAACCUCAGCGUUACCCCCACUGACCAAACUGCCUUCACAUUUCUGUGUCUUCCCCAUGUGACGAACCAAUAGCAUUCAGCAUUUAUAAAACAACCGAUACCAACCAGCCAACUGUCUUUCAUAUCAACCUGAUGAAUAAAGAAAUGUAGAGAACAAUGUGUGUAGCCUGGCUAAUACGUUUAUUUAAAGGUUUCUGUCACAUCAGCUCGUCUUGUGGUUGUUUUAAGGUCACUGCUGUGUGAAACUUGGGGGGAAUGACACUGAGGGUUUUUACAUUAAGUGCCGUUUCCGACUCGAUUUGAUGUUAUAAAGAUGUGAUUUUUGAGAUGCUGUACUUAAAGGCUACUUGGUGUAACUUGUAAGCACUGCCUGGCCUCAUAUCUGUGUACCAAUAAAGGCUAUGAGAAGCAA